CCGAUGUCCCACCCAGCUUUGACUCCCGGUUCCCGGACUCUGCAGCUACCUGCCCGCCACGCAGUAGCAGCCACCCACCAAAGAGUCAGUCCGGUCGGCUGGGACUCCAAUUAAACUGCCGGGAAGACUACACGGACAGGCGGGUCACCAGAGUAGUCGAUCUGAACAAGCUUGUCUGAUUACAUUUGCAUGGAAGCGGACGGUUUCGUGUCCCGGCGAACGUCCGUGGAAACACCGGGCGUCGACAGCCGCGUUACAGGAGCUACAGCCGGCGCAGAGAUCCGAUGGCUGGGUGGCAGGCUCAUGGGCGCCUCGGGAGGAUUUGUUGGGGCUCUUUCGCCGAGAAUGUCAGGGGAGCAGGACUUUGCCCCGGUGUUGCAUCGAGCAACUCAGGAGACCUCGACCUCUGCUGAGCCAGAAAUAGACUAUGAAGGGCUGCCUCAGGGAGCCGCCACCAGCACACACAUGCUGGCAGGAGCCGUGGCUGGAAUCAUGGAGCACUGCCUUAUGUACCCCAUCGAUUGUGUCAAGACUCGCAUGCAGAGCCUGCAUCCUGAGCCCGGAGCGCGCUACCGCAACGUGAUGGACGCCCUGCGGCAGAUUGUGCGGACCGAGGGCGUGUGGCGGCCGAUCAGAGGCGUGAACGUGCUGGCGGUGGGGGCGGGACCUGCCCACGCUCUCUACUUCGCCUGCUACGAAAAGAUCAAGUUCUCGCUCAGCGACGCAAUCCACCCCGGCACCAACAGCCACUUUGCAAACGGAGUGGCGGGCUGCAUGGCCACAGUGAUCCACGACGCCAUCAUGAACCCAGCUGAAGUUAUGAAACAACGUAUGCAGAUGUUCAACUCACCUUAUCGAGGCGUGCUGGACUGUAUGGGCUCCAUGUUGAGGCACGAGGGUUUGGCGGCUUUUUACCGCAGCUACACCACCCAGCUGACCAUGAACGUGCCAUUCCAGGCACUCCACUUCAUGACCUACGAGUACCUCCAGGAGCUCCUCAACCCCCACAGACAGUACAACCCUUCCUCUCACGUUGUGUCAGGCGCACUGGCGGGAGCCCUGGCCGCCGCCGCCACCACACCCCUCGAUGUCUGCAAGACCCUCCUCAACACGCAGGAGGCUCAAGCUAUUCACGUGAUCCAAGCCGAGGCAGCGACGGCAACCGGAGCGGUCGGAGCAGCAGCAGCAGCAGCCGCCGCCUCGUCGCCCGGCAGCCGCCACAUCUCUGGUCUGGGCGAGGCUUUUCGGACGGUGUACAGGAUGGGAGGCGUGCCGGCCUUCUUCAAGGGCGUCCAAGCCCGUGUCAUUUACCAGAUGCCCUCCACAGCCAUCAGCUGGUCCGUCUACGAGUUCUUCAAAUACAUCAUCACCAAGCGCCAGCACGAGAAACGGCUGCGCGGAGACCGUGAUGGAGACAAGUAAACACCUAGCAACGGGAUCGGGUAUCAACAACACAAAGGUUUAUUGCACCUUACCAAUUACUGGUAUCGGUAUUGAUUUCCAGGCAUCAGAAGCUCUAGAAUUUUAUAUUCGUUGAGUGAAAAAAAUCAUCUUUUCAUCUUGUUUACUGAGAUCAAUUAAACGCGGUCGGUUCUAGUUCAUAGCAGGUGAGGACAAGUACAGUUAUUAGGAUACAACUUGUCUUGAAUACUUCUACACGAGACAUGGGGGUUGAAGAAAUGUCAAACUAUACCCAUCGGUAAGAAAAGGGUCUGCUUCGGGUUCCCUGAACUCGCCCUACUGAAUUCUGAUGCUUUAACUACAGUUCUUACAGUGUUACACUUGACAAACUGCUUUCAAAAAGCAUAUUAUUUAAGGAAGAUAACAUAUUGUUAAGUCUAUUUGAAUUCAGCCCUUUUUGAACCAUGAAAUUCUCACUUCCCUUCGACCACCUACAGAGCAGUUUAGAAGCAUUUGGACUGUUUUGUCUCCAGCACUUGAAGACGCUUUGUCUAUGAGGUUUUAAGUGCUGACUUGAAGCUUUAGUUUGACUGUUUAUUCACAUCUUAGAAACUGUAACUGUAGAUGUAGCAUUUUUAUACAUCCCCCCCCUUAAGGAUAUAUAAAGGGCUAAGAGUCCUCUACGGUUGACCCAAUAUGGAUGAGGAAAACCCUCAAGUACCCUUAAAUUUGAAAGUCAGCACUUUAACCUCAAAGUCGCUGUUUCAUUUCAAGUCCAGUGUGUCGGAGCCAAAUCUAAAAUCUUUCCAAAUACUCAAGAACUGCACUGUAAACUGGUUCAACACCCCCCACCCCCCCCCCCUCCUCUCUUAACUGCACAUUGCACUUCUGGAAAGUAUUACUACCAUAUUGCCUGCUGACCACAGGGGGGCGCACUGCUCAACCUUCAAACUUAUAACUGGUGGACAAAUAGCUAUUACAUCAAGGGAGAGGCAUGAGGUUACAGAAUCCUUAUCAAGAUCAGUUUUUGAAUACUUGUGCUGGUGUUCAGUAACAUUUCUCUCAGAGCAAGAAAGAAACAUUUUAAGAUCAUUUUGUUUUUUUUUAAGUAAAAACAAGAAAUUUGAUUAAAUACAUAACGUUCCUCCAUAAUCCAUCAGCCCUGUGAGACUUGAGGAACACAUAGCCUGUAAGUUAUCUCCUCAUGUGUUGUUUUUUUUUUUUUUUUUUUUUGGAAAGUCAGAAUCAGUUUUGGAUUGAAAAUACUCAAUUAUACAACACCUGAGUGGAAAAUGAGUGAGUGAGUGAGUGUGUGUGAGAGUGAGAGAGAGAGAGAGAGAGAGAGUGUGAGUGUGUGUGUGUUACAGUGGUCGAGUGAAUGGUAAUUCAGUUUCAUAGCAUUCAGCAGUGACUCUGACCAGAUUUGAUCACAACAAAGCCUCACUGUGCAAUAAACCGUUUGUAUUGUCCUUCAAAGGAAAAACACACAGUUACACAAAGUACAUUUCUGCUUGAAUGGAAAAUUUAGGGGCGUUUUCAGACCUUUUUUUCGUCCGGUUGAAUCAGGCCCCCAUGGUGUGGUUUCUUUGGGCAGAUUCGAACACAGCAAUCGUACUCGGACGCCAACCAAAACAACCGUACCGAAACCCUUUUGAGGAAGUGGUCUAAUUUCGUCAGUCCCAGACUAACUCUGGAGUGGUUGGUUUGCUGUGGGGGAUGUGAUCCCACAGUGAUCUGACCCAUCUACUAGGCUGGAAGCUGGAGAUGAGCAAAAAUAAUAAUAGUUGCUAGCAGCUAGUCGGAGAAUGAACUGAGGUCUGGACUAGCUCAUAAAAAAAAAAAGUGCACUGCAUUUUUAUAUUUGGCAGAUAAGACCUUCUUCCUGUGUUUAUGUUCUCACAUAUCUGACCAAUGAGCAGCUUUCAGUGAUGCAUUUUGGUUCACUUGGAUUUAACUCUGUGUUUAAAAGAAACCGAACAAAAGGGGGGGAAGCAAGCACGGAUUCGGACCAGAGCAAACGAGCUAUAGGUUUGAAAACGCCCUCAGUCAGUAAGAUUUCUUUUGAAGGACAAAAUAAAAAGAGGAAACAGUAUCUUUUCACUAGCCAAGCGCUUUAAAACCCACGCACACAAUGAAGGCUGCACAUCGUCUCUGGAUAAGAGUCAUUAGAGUGGCGAACGUAUCACCGAUAGGCUUAUAGAUUGAUGCUGGUAGAUUCUUUUUUUUUUUUGUUCUAAAACAAUAUAUCCAUCAUAUGGAAGAUGCCACAUGCCGCACUCUGAAACCCUCAGUGCUAGCAAAAAUAAUGCUACGCCUUUUAAAAAGUAAGAGUCCUUGGUUGGCAAAACUGGAAAUGUUAAUAUUUCCAACAUAAAAGUAUUUUUCCAUAGUCCAUAUGUAGGGGUUUUUUGGAACAAGAAUCAUUUAUUACAAACAAUUUAAAAAAAGGCAAGAGUGUUCAUCUUUAGACAAUCACUUUUUUUGUUUAGUUUUAUUUUGUUCUCUUAAAACCGCACAGCAUCCUAGCACCUAAUAGCAACUUUGUGUAAUACUUAGGGUGGAAAAAGCAACUCUGACAGUGAAACAAGUGGAGAGAAUAAAGUUCUUACUACACAUGCCUUCAGUUAGCCGCCAUACAUCCAACGCACAACUACUACAAAGAAAUCCUCAUAUAUAUAGAUAGAAUAAUGUGUUUUUGAAGCCAUAAAACAGGAAAAAAUUGUAUAUAAUAUAUCUAAAUAUGGGUAACUAUACAGACGGGCUACAAAUUAAUGGUAAAACCAACAUAAAGUGUUUUAGUAAGGCCACCAGAACAGCUUUAAUGUGCUUUGGCAUUGGUUCUACACCAUUCUUCCCUCAUUUGGUGUUUUGAUGAUGAUGAUGGUGGAGAGCGCUGUCUUACACAUCGGUCCAAAAAUCUCCCCGUAGGUGUUCGAUGAUGUCUUUCCCAUAGAUCUAAAUGCAGAUGUCGCUGUUCCUAUUGAAACACUAGCCAGUUGAGCCGUCUUUGUGACUGAAGCUCCCGCCAUCCGUGCCACAACAGUGAACCCGCUUUCAAAGUCCAAUCAUACUACAGAGCACGAUCGGGUGUUAAUUACUUAUUUGUACCAUGCGGUAUAUCUAUCUGUGUGGAAGCAUCUGCAUUCCUUAAUGUUUCUCCGUUCAUUUGUUUCCGGUUUUUCCUUUUUAAUUUGUCACCCGUCUGUAGAUAAAACCCAAAAUCUAACCAGCUAAGUUUUGAAGUUAACUUGUAUGUUGAACUAUAUAAAUAUCAGAAGUGUACAAGUUUUAUCAAGACCACGCUGUUAAAAAAAAAAAAUGCAGGUUUUUGUAGAAAGCGCACAAAAUACUCAUCUGGAAAGUAGCAAAAAAAAGGAAAAACCUGGAUUACUUCAUAUUCAGACAAGACCAUAUGUGUGAGGAAAAAAAUGAAAUGGGGGGGUUAAAGGUAUUUAAAAAUGUUUGUAGGAGUGUUCCUCGUGUUAUGCCAAGUUUCAAGAUUGGGAAACCAAAGACUGAGCAAUAGAGAGAAAACAGGAGAGGAACUGGUGGUCUGUCAGAUGACGACACUAAUGUGAAAUGCUUGAGCACUGUUUGAAAGCGACACCUGUAUUUUGUGAAUUGUAAAUAAAACUCGCUAAGGCAGCUCCUCGCAGAAGCAGGGUCUUCUCUUGGUGCUGACUCUCCAAGCGCUGAGAGAACUUAAA